CGGAGCCUGGGCGCGGGAGCCCACUUCUCGGCCGCGCACUCCCGGUUCAGCGGCAGGGCUCGCUCCCGCGGCCCCGCGCUUCCUGCCCAGGUCUCAAGUCUUCCUCGGAGUUCUGCCCGGCCCCCGCCUCCGCCAGAGAGAGCGGAAGGCCGAGACCGCUAGGCUGGCCUGCGGGAGGAAGGCGGGAGCGCGUGGGCGUGGGAGACGCAGUGAUGUCCACCGGCUCGGUGAGCGACCCCGAGGAGAUGGAGCUGCGGGGGCUGCAGCGGGGGUACCCGGUCCCCGCCUCCAAGAGGCCGCCCCUCCGCGGCGCCGAGGGCAGCUACAUCUCGCCCAGUGACAACUCGUCGGCCGAAGAGGAAGACCCCGAGGGCGAGGAAGAGCGGUGUGAGCUAGGCGCGGCCGGCGGCGCGGAAGGCUGCAAGAGGAAGCGGCCGCGUGUGGCUGGGGGCGGCGGCGGCAAGAAGCCCCUCCCGCCCAAGGGCUCGGCUGCAGACUGCAAGCAGUCGCAGCGCAACGCCGCCAACGCCCGCGAGCGCGCCCGAAUGCGCGUGCUGAGCAAAGCCUUCUCUAGGCUCAAGACCAGCCUGCCUUGGGUGCCCCCCGACACUAAGCUUUCGAAGCUCGAUACGCUCCGGCUGGCUUCCAGUUACAUCGCGCACCUGCGGCAGCUGCUGCAGGAGGACCGCUACGAGAACGGCUACGUGCACCCGGUGAACUUGACAUGGCCGUUCGUGGUCUCGGGACGACCCGACUCGGACACCAAAGAAGUCUCCGCAGCCAACAGAUUAUGUGGGACCACCGCUUAGAUCGAACUCACUUGCUGGGAUUAUUGUUGAAGUGCCUGUGUUUGGGGGCCACGGAGAGAAAGGAGCGUGAGAACCCCCAGAGAAUGGGAGGAAGUUCCAUCGGAUUCUCCUAAAUUCUCCUAGGCAGCCCCCACCCGAACUGUGAACACGACACGUGGCGGGUGUUGGGGACAGAGCCCGAAGUGUUGGCCGCCUGGCUGUCAUCGCAGGACGCCUAGGGAGGCCCGCUGCUGCGGAUCCCAGCGAUGACAAUUUUCUUCUCCAAAAAGAGUUUCCUUCUCUGUCUCUGCAGCGAGGAACCAGAUUCAACCUCGGACUUUAGCAGUAUAGACUAACCCAGCGCCAAACCGCCUAGGAGUUAGUUUCCCGACCGAGCCAGAUCUCUGUAUAUGAUGGCACGGCUCUGCACCGCACAGGCAGGUUACGGUUAGGCAAUGGUUAGAACUUGCUCUGGAUGAUUGGCUUUAAAGACAGCAGUCUUCACGCGAGACCAACAUCGGGGCAUGUUUUUAAGCUGCAAAGAGAGCAGAGUGGCAUACCUGGGCCAGGUUUGUACCCCACAGGGCAGCAGCCUCCUAAAGGAAGGGGCAUGUCCUCUCGGCACAGGGAGAGAUGGAGGUACGCUUUCCCAGACCACCCGGCCCGGGGUUUGCCCGGACCGCUCCGGGCGGUUCUGCCUCCUGGCCUCAGUCAAGCUCUUCACUCCUCCCAGGCUCCCGCCUCUUCCGAGCCGGGCUUCUGUCUACCCUCCUACCCACCUCCGGGUCUAGACAAGAGCCUCCCACCCCCGCACCCCUCACCCAACCAGACUUGGGUCUUCUUCGGGCCUCCCUCUACUCCUUCCUCCCAUACCUCCUUGCAACACCCCUCCUCCGGCUCCUGGCGAUCCCCAGCUGGCCUCCCGCAUCCAAACUCUGGUCGCCUCCCCCUCCAGCACAGCCUCCCCGCUCCCGCGUUCUUCCUUGCUGGAGGAGUGCGCUGGGUGGUACGCUGAGGCGGCUGGGUGCCUAGGGACCCCGCUCAGGGGAAAUGCGCCGCUGUGUCUCUAGGCUGCACUACCACAGUAACUAGCAAAUGUAAAUAAAUUUAUUUUUGUAUGAAUAAUAAAACGCAUUGUGAAACCUGAGUGGCCCUGGGCGCUGUCAGAAUGUGGUCUUUGUUGCCCUUUAUCUAGUUUGGUACCGAAGUUCUUUUAAAGGUGACUUCUUGGCCCGGGACUGGGAUUGGUUCUUUCUCGGCAGAAUGGAGUUGAUCCCAUUUGGAUCACUGCACUUAAAAGUGUAACUCUCAUUACUUUCUAUUAUUCUGAUUCUUCUGGAGGCCAGGGUUACUGGAAGGCAAGAACCCGAGGCUUAGGGGCUUCUGGGUGGCUCAGUCCUUAAGCGUCUGCUCAGGUCACGAUCCUAAGGUCCUGGGAUCGAGCCCCACAUCGGGCUCUCUGCUCGGCGGGAAGCCUGCUUCUCCCUCUCAC